AUGAGAGUGUCAGGUCUGCUUCACCUCCUGGCCCUCAUUUUUUGCCUGGUCAUCACAUGGGUCUUUGUCCGCAGCUAUAUCAACUUCAACAUGAAAACCAACCGCCUGCCCCGCUGGAUGGGUGACUGUUCCGUUCCCUCCCCAGCUUCACGCUUGGUGAAGACCAAGUGUGGCCUCAGCAAAUCCUGCCCAGACAACUUCUUUGCGUUUAAAAUCAGCAGCGGGGCCGCCAACGUCGUGGGCCCCUCCAUGUGCUUUGAAGGCCAAACGAUCAUGAGUCCUGUGAAAAACAACGUGGGCAGAGGCCUGAACAUCGCCCUGGUGAACGGAACCACGGGAAAGGUGAUGACACAGAAAUAUUUCGACAUGUACUCUGGAGAUGCUAGCCUCCUGGUGAAAUUCCUUAAAGAAAUUCCAGAGGGCAUGCUGGUGCUGGUGGCCUCCUACGAUGACCCGGGGACCAAGAUGAAUGAUGAAAUCAGGAAGCUCUUCUCCAACUUGGGCAGCACCUACGCGAAGCAGCUGGGCUUCCGGGACAGCUGGGUCUUCUUAGGGGCCAGAGACCUCAACAGUAAAAGCCCCUUUGAGGAGUUCUUAAAGAACAACCCAGACGUGAAUAAAUACGACGGCUGGCCGGAGCUGCUGGAGCUGGAGGGCUGUGUGCCCCAGAAGGUAUAUUAGGGCGGCUGUGGCUCUUCCUGGGCCAGGGCCUGAGGCUGCUCCUGCCUGACUUAGGAGUCAGAGCCCAGGCUCACUGCGAGCUGGACCGGCAGGAGUGACGGCCAGCGGAGGAGGAGAAGGAAGA